AUGAAAUCGUUCAUUGCGUUCACAGCCUUACUGGCUAUUGCAUCAGCUCAGUUGGGUAGGCCUCAAGCAGCUGCCCCGCGAGUUGCUAGCGACGAAAGAAACGCCAAAAUUCUUCGUUAUGACAACGAAAUUGGACCUGAUGGCAGCUUUUCUUAUGUGUUGGAAACCGACAAUGGCAUUUCUGCUCAGGCCCAAGGUACUCCUCGGGACUUCGGUGGAAAUCCUCCCAUUAUCCCCGUUGUAAUUCAGGGAGGUUUUGCUUGGAGUUCCCCUGACGGCAAGCCAGUUUCCAUCUCCUACGAAGCUGAUGAAAAUGGAUAUCGAGCAUUUGGUGAUGCCAUACCGACUUCUCCUCCGAUCCCUGCAUAUAUUGCUAGGGCUGUUGAAUACCUCACCAAGCUACAGAAGAAGAAGUAA